UUAUGGUGACAUGGUGCCCAAGACAAUUGCUGGGAAGAUAUUUGGCUCCAUCUGCUCCCUGAGCGGGGUGCUGGUCAUUGCUCUGCCGGUUCCAGUCAUUGUUUCCAACUUCAGUCGGAUUUACCACCAGAACCAGAGAGCCGACAAGCGGCGAGCGCAGAAGAAAGCCCGGCUUGCGAGGAUUCGAGUGGCCAAGACAGGCAGCUCCAACGCGUACCUGCACAGCAAGCGCAACGGCCUCCUGAACGAAGCCCUGGAGCUGACGGGAUCCACUGAAGAUGAACAGCAUAUGACUAAAGGCACCUCCUUAAUUGAAAGCCAACAUCACCACCUGCUGCACUGCCUGGAAAAAACAACCGGAUUGUCCUAUCUUGUGGAUGAUCCCCUGUUAUCUGUACGAACUUCCACCAUCAAGAACCACGAGUUCAUAGAUGAGCAACUGUUCGAGCAGAACUGCAUGGAGAGCUCAAUGCAAAACUAUCCUUCUUCUCGGAGCCCUUCCUUGUCGAGCCACCAUGGACUGACCACCUCCUGCUGUUCUCGCCGGAACAAGAAGACCACUCACCUUCCCAACUCCAGUGUGCCAGCCACUCGCCUCCGGAGCAUGCAGGAGCUCAGCACCAUCCACAUCCAGUGCAGUGAGCAGCCCUCACUCACAACAAGUCGUUCCAGUCUCAACAUGAAAUCAGAUGAUGGGCUGAGACCGAACUGCAAAACUGCCCAGAUCACGACAGCCAUCAUCAGCAUCCCCACGCCGCCGGCGCUGACGCCAGAAGGUGAGAGCCGACCUCCGCCCAGCAGCCCCGGCCACUCCACGAACAUUUCCACCACCACCACAAGCAACAUAGUCAAGGUCUCUGCCUUGUAAGACGUCUCAUGCACAGAAGGAGGCUGGAAGACCAGUGCCCCUCUCCCUCCACACCUCCACGCUCCUUUCUUGGUGCAAAUUGUGCCUGGAUGGACCAACCUGAUGUUUUGUCAUCGAAUUAGCAACGGAGACCUAACGAGGCAGCUUUCUUCAGACUCCAGUUCAUGCUGUGGCCUGAGGAAGGAUUAGGAAAGGGAGGAAGAGGCUGGUUAAAGAAAAUGAAACUGCGUGGAGAGCAUGUUGUGCCAUGGUACAGGGCAAAAAUCACCUGUGGAGGCUGGAGGGAAGGAAUCAUCGUGGCAACAAGAGAGUCAAUAAAGAAAACAGAAACAUAACACUGUGUAUCGCAGCACCUUUUUAAAGGUUUUUAAUGGAUAAUAUUUAUUCAUGAGGAAAUGACUGAAAAGGUGAAAAACAAUGGAUUUUGUGAAUUUUUUUUUCUUCAUGGAGCAGAACCUUUAAACCAACCAAAAUUUCACUUUUUUUUUUUUUUUCUUUCUUUCUUUUAUAGGAAAAGAUUUAGACAAAGAAGCCACCUGUCACAGAAACCUAUUUCCAUUCCUCUGUGUGUGUGUGUGUGCGCGUGCGAGUGUGCAGCAGAACCACAUCAGAGCACCACUGAGUUACAAAGAGCAGAGCACAGCUCCAUGAAUGGGUGCACAGUAGGAAAAUACAAGCAUGUGUCAGCACACGCCUGUGCACACACACACACACACACAAACUAUUCCACCCUGGAUGGCAUUCUUUAUUUAGACAAUUUUGUAUCCGCCUUUUAAGUCAAUACAGUGCAAUUGCAAACAGUGUGUUUGUCUGCUAAUUAUUGUCUGUGAAAACAUAUUUGUGGAAAAAAAAAAAAAAGGACAAAAAAAGAAAAAAAAGACAGGCUUUAGUAGAAUUUUAGUCCCACAUGGGUAUCUGCUUUCUAUUUUUGUUAUCACUUACUUGUAAGAGUGUGACUAGACUACCAGUUCUGUAUUUUUAAAAAGGAAAACAAAAAAAAGGUAGGACUCUUUUAAUACUGUACACACAAAUGGCAAAGAAUGAGAAAGCACUGAACUCAACUGCAUCAAGCGUUCAUAAGUCUAACAGAGGUUUCUUGUAAUGUAUGCCCAUGCUUUUUUAUUUCUGUUUUCUAUAUCUAAAUUUUUUUGCUAGCACUGG